UUAUAAGGAACAACUAGGCUAAACUUAAACAGAGUCUAUUCAAAAGUGCAAAAUCUUACGGAAUCAAAAGUUAAGGUCCAUCUUUUUGAAAGAUAGGUCCCACGGACCGGAAAUAGAAGGGUGUGACUUCGCUACAAGUGGGCUUCUUUCAAACAGAUAGGUGGAUAAAGGCAAAUCACUUGCAAUAGGCCUACGACGUCAUAGGUUUACUGUUAGUAGCUAGAUGUUAUUUUGUCAACGUUUUGUUAACGAAGAGUUUGAAAACAUGUUUAGCAGAUGUUUACGGUACUUCCGUAGUUUACUGUAAUACCUGUUGGCUUUAAAGAAGAAGUUGUGAAACUAGCAGCAAUAGCGGUACCAGCAUCUCUUUUUAUGGACUAUUCUAUACCAUUACAAGUCCGACAUUUGGGAAGGACAGAGCUUGCUGGUGUUGCUCUCGCCAAUGCUGUUAUAAAUGUCACAGGUGUUUUUGUAGUAGGAGUUGGGUUAUCAGCAGCUUGUGACACGUUAAUUUCUCAGACUUUUGGAAGUGGCAAUGUGAAGAGAGUGGGAGUCAUUUUACAGAGAGCAAUUCUGAUUUUGCUGCUGGCAUGUGUCCUAUGCUGGACCAUUCUCAUGAACACUGAACCUAUCCUGCUUGCCAUCAGUAAGGAUCCACACAUUGUGAAGGUCUCACAAAAGUACAUGAAGAUAUUCAUGAUAGCACUACCAGCAUCAUUUGCUUAUCGACUUGAGUCAAGAUAUCUUCAGAACCAGGAGAUAAUCUGGCCACAGGUCAUAUGUGGGGUAGUGGCAGUUUGCAUCAGUGCACUCACUAACUACAUAUUCCUGUUUGUCCUGGGCCUUGGUGUUGUUGGUUCAGCUGGAGCAAAUGUCAUCUCCCAAUAUUCCAUGGUUAUAACACUUUUCUUUUACAUUCAUUGGAAAGGCCUUCAUAAGAACACUUGGGCAGGCUGGUCCAAAGAGUGCCUGCAAGAGUGGGGUUGCUACAUCCGUCUAGCCAUCCCCAGCAUGAUCGUGAUCAGCAUGGAAUGGUGGACUUUUGAGAUCGGGGGAUUUCUGGCAGGACUGUUAAAUGAGGUGAAGUUGGGGACCCAGGCCAUUGUCUUUGAAUUGGCAAAUGUUUCCUUAAUGAUUCCAUAUGGUUUUAGCAUUGCAGGCAGUGUAAGAGUGGGCAAUGCCCUAGGGGCUGGGGAGACUGAGAGUGCUAAGCGCUCUGCCAAGAUAUCCAUAGGAUGUGCAUUCUUAGUCUCUGUAUGAGCCAUUAUCUUUGGGACAACAAAGGAUGUAAUCGCCUAUGUCUUCUCAAAUGAUGAGCAAAUAAGGAACAGAGUUGCCCAGGUGAUGAUCAUCUAUGCUCCCUUCCACAUCAUAGAUGCAUCAGGGGCUGCAGGAACUAGUAUCAUGAAAAGCUUGGGGAAGCAGAAGAUUGGGGCCAUAUGCAGCACCUUGAGCUACUAUGGCAUUGGUUUCCCUAUCGGAUUGUCUCUAAUGUUUGCAGCAAAGCUUGGUGUGAUGGAUUUCUGGGUCGGUCUUCUCAUCUGUGUCUUCAUGCAGUUGGUGUUUGUCAUAACCUAUCUCGUUAAAAUGGACUGGAGGAAAGCCACCGAGAAGGCCUUAGAAAGAGCUGGGGUGCAGGUUAAUUUCACAGAAACAGAAGAGAGCCCCGAGGAGCAGCAGGUUGUCAGUGGCACAGCUGAGGGUCACAGCGACACACAUGUCCUGCAUGAGGCAGAGGAUGUGGUGGGUGUGACCACGGUUGGGAGACCUUUGUCAACCAGGGAGCUGGUGCUACGCCGAGGGCUGGCUGUAGGUGUCACUCUCACCAUUUUUACCGCAGGAGUCAUUACUCAUGUGCUGCUGUCCAGGAAUGAAUGGGACAUCCCAAAGCUAAGCUGAUAGUAGACAGGGGCAAAACCUAGAACAAUCCGAUAAUGAUCACUAUCAAACUUUUUUCAGUUGAUUCUAUAGUUAAUAUAUACACAGGGAACUGCACAAGUGUCAGUUGUUUCAUCCUGUUGGAUUUGCCCUUCAAAAAUACAGCAACAAAUACUGAUAUUGGUGAACAGUUUUGUGCAUUUUAUUUU